CAGUGUGCUGAGACCCUCAAAAUGGCCGACUCCCUGGACAGUGCCCUGCCUACUGAACAGUGUUGGGAUUCAAAUGUGCUGUAAUUGAGGAGCCUAGCGACUAUGGGAUUACUUGAAAUCCACCAUCCUCGUUCAUAAAGCACCUUUUUACCUUUAGCCUCCGAAAUCCCAACCCUACAAAUCUAAUGUUCUUAUCCGAUUCCAGCAUUUGGUACACGGUGGCUCCAGUGAAGAGCACUGAUGACCUGCUUCACUCAAUGCUUCCAGCCGGCUUCCCCCCAUAUUAACUGUACGACAUACUGCUAUCCCAUCGCUCCUUGCUCUUUCGGUUGCACCCAUAGCCUUAUGCCGCCAUGGUGAGGGCCUUAGCAUGGUAUGGCGGUUUUCUUUUGCUGACGGCGCUGACCGGUUCUGUCGGCCAGCGUGCCGAUCCCCUGACGCUCCCCGCCCCUGAAUAUGCCCAUUCUGUACGACUGGAUGGCGACAUCAUCCUGGGUGGUCUUUUCCCGGUGCACGCACGAGGCGAGCGGGGCGCCCCCUGUGGGGAAUUGAAGAAGGAGAAGGGGAUUCACAGGUUGGAGGCCAUGCUCUUUGCCAUCGACCUCAUUAACAAAGACCCCGACCUGCUGCCCAACGUAACGCUGGGGGCGCGCAUCUUGGACACCUGCUCACGUGACACCUACGCGUUGGAGCAAUCGCUUACGUUUGUGCAAGCGCUCAUCGAACGCGAUUCUUCAGAUGUGCGAUGCGCUAGUGGCGAGCUGCCCAUUUUUGCCAAGCCGGACAAGAUCGUUGGUGUGAUAGGUGCCGCGGCUAGCUCCGUAUCCAUCAUGGUGGCCAACAUCCUACGCCUGUUUAAGAUCCCUCAGAUCAGCUAUGCAUCCACAGCGCCCGAGCUGAGCGAUAAUACCCGGUACGACUUCUUCUCUCGGGUUGUGCCGCCUGAUUCCUACCAAGCUCAAGCCAUGCUGGACAUCGUGACCGCCAUGGGCUGGAACUACGUCUCCACGUUGGCAUCUGAGGGGAAUUAUGGAGAAAGCGGAGUGGAGGCUUUCGUCCAGAUCUCCAGAGAAGUCGGUGGUGUGUGUAUCGCUCAGUCUCUGAAGAUCCCCAGAGAGCCCAGACCAGGAGAGUUUGACAAGAUCAUCCUUCGCCUGCUAGAGACACCCAGCGCUCGCGCCAUUGUCAUGUUUGCGAAUGAGGAUGAUAUCAGACGUGUCUUGGAUGCUGCGAAGCGGAACAACCAAACGGGUCACUUCCUGUGGGUGGGAUCAGACAGCUGGGGAUCCAAGAUAUCUCCGGUCGUUCAGCAGGAAAGUGUGGCGGAAGGGGCUAUUACCAUACUUCCAAAAAGAGCAUCCAUAGAAGCAUUUGACCGAUACUUCAAAAGCCGCUCCUUGUCCAACAACCGCCGGAACGUUUGGUUCGCUGAGUUCUGGGAGGAAAACUUUGUGUGCAAGUUGGGAAUGCACGGCAAGCGUCCUGGAAGCCCCAAGAAAUGUACCGGGCUGGAGAAGGUCGGAAGGGACUCCAGCUACGAGCAGGAAGGGAAGGUGCAGUUUGUGAUGGAUGCGGUGUACGCCAUGGCCCACGCGCUGCACCGGAUGCAUCGAGAUCUCUGCUCGGGGUUUCCGGGCCUCUGCCCCCGCAUGAGCAACAUCGAUGGGAAGGAGCUGCUGGGAUACAUCAGAAACGUCAGCUUUAACGGAAGCGCCAAGACCCCCGUUGUGUUUAAUGAGAAUGGAGACGCACCUGGACGCUAUGACAUCUAUCAGUAUCAGAACACUAACAGGUCAGCUGAGUACAGAAUCAUCGGCCACUGGACGGAUCAUCUGCAUUUAAAUAUUGAUGCCAUGAAUUGGGCAAGCGAAGACCCUGCUGUGCCCAUAUCUGUAUGCAGUCUGCCCUGUCAGAUGGGCGAGCGGAAAAAGGUGGUGAAGGGCGUCCCCUGCUGCUGGCACUGCGAGCGCUGCGAGGGCUACCAGUACCAGGCCAGCGAGUUCACGUGCCAGCUGUGCCCGUACGAGCAGCGUCCCGACAGAAACCGCACCGGCUGCCAGCCCAUCCCUAUCAUAAAGCUGGAGUGGCACUCGCCUUGGGCCGUGGUACCCAUCUUCAUCGCCAUCCUGGGAAUCCUCGCCACCACCUUCGUGGUGGUGACUUUCGUCCGCUUCAACGACACGCCCAUCGUACGAGCCUCAGGCAGGGAAAUGAGUUACGUUCUUCUAACCGGAAUUUUCCUCUGCUACUUCAUCACGUUCCCGAUGAUGGCGGCGCCCGGAGUGGCCGUGUGCUCCUUCCGGAGGAUCUUCCUGGGCCUCGGCAUGUGCUUCAGCUACGCUGCUCUGCUCACCAAAACCAAUCGCAUCCAUCGGAUCUUCGAGCAGGGAAAGUGCUCGGUGGCGGCCCCGCGUUUCAUCAGUCCCGCUUCCCAGUUGGUCAUCACUUUCAGCUUGAUCUCAGUUCAGUUAAUGGGCGUGUUCGUGUGGUUUGUGUCCGACCCGCCGCACACCAUUGUGGAUUACGGUGAGCAGCGCACACAGGACCCCAGAAACUCCCGCGGCGUGCUCAAGUGCGACAUCUCGGACCUUUCGCUCAUCUGCUCGUUGGGCUACAGCAUCCUUUUGAUGGUCACGUGCACUGUUUAUGCAAUCAAAACCAGGGGAGUGCCGGAGACCUUCAAUGAGGCCAAGCCCAUUGGAUUUACCAUGUACACAACGUGUAUCAUCUGGCUGGCCUUCAUACCUAUCUUCUUCGGAACGGCACAGUCUGCAGAGCGGAUGUACAUUCAGACGGCCACCCUCACCGUCUCUUUGAGCCUGAGUGCGUCUGUGUCUCUCGGGAUGCUCUACAUGCCCAAAGUCUACAUCAUCAUCCUGCAUCCGGAGCAGAACGUGCCCAAACGCAAGCGCAGCUUCAAGGCCAUCGUCACCGCCGCCACUGUGACCAACAAGCUCAGUCACCUGGCCAGCGAGAGACCCAACGGAGAGGUGAAAACUGAACUCUGUGAGAGUGUGGACAACAGUACAGCAUCCACAAAAACUACCUACGUCAGCUACACGAAUCAUGCCAUAUGAACACCCGUCCUGAAAACGGUUUGCCAUGGAACUGGCUGGCUCUGAGCGGACAGACACCAAUGAGUGAGCAUGAGACAUCAUUGUUGUUCGCGGACAAGAGGACUCAUGAACUGAGGAGAUCUCAUUUGUUUUUCUGAUGUUUUGUAAGAACAACUUACAAAAGAGGCAACGAUCCCAAAAAAAAGAUAAACGCUGCCAUUUAGGUUGGCAGCCAAUAAAGUGGGCCAUUGCUACAGGAGUAAGAAAGAGAAAAAAAGUUUAAAGACGUUUAAAGAAACAUUGGAUAAAUAAAAAUUGGAGUCAACCAUGUUAAAUGUUAUUCUAAUUGUAAGUAUUUUGUGGUUGUGAACAAUUUUUAAUUCUUGUCCCACAGCGUCAGACCUGCAUUGGAAAACGCAUUCGUCUCUUGUAUUGGCUACUCUGGUCUAUAACUUCGGGUUGUGAGUGUGCAAAUGCCAUGGUUGAAGCAUGCUGAUUCAAAUUUUUAUACAAAUAAUUUAUUUAUAAUAAAGGAAUGUUUUUGAAAUGU